UCUCGCGCCGGACGACGCCAUAUUGUUUGAAACUGGUCGUUUGUGAUAUCGUGCAUCGCACUUUGUAUUUAUUGUUUGUUUCGUGUGCCCCAAUUCGGGAAAACUACAAAAAUUCCGCGCAAUAUGAAGAAAACAAAGGACGUAUCAGAGGAGGACGAAUAUUCUGCGGACGAUCCUGAAGAAGUUGAAGGUGGUGGUUCAGAGGAAGAUUGGGCACAGGAGGCAGGAGCAGAAGGUGCUACUAAAAAACGGCCUCAAAGAGGUGCGAAAAAACGACCACAUAACGAAGAGGAGGAAGACGAGGAGGAGGAGGACGAAGAAGAGGAAGAUGAUGAGGAAGAUGAGUCUGAUUCCGAUCUAGAACAGAAGCUAAAAAAGAAGAGACGUUCUAAGAAAGAUGAAGAGGAGGAGGAAGAUUCAGAUGAUAAUGGUUUUGACAACACCACAGGAUUUCCACCCAAAGAUUACACUUCAGGGGCUUUUGUCGUUGCGAAAUCAGAUAUUGGCCAAAGCACAGAUCCCACUUUGUGGAGGAUAGACGGAAAAGCACUUCUUCAAAAAUAUUUACCCUUCAAAGACGAUGGAAAGACAUUGUAUAAAAGCACGUCAACCUACUCUGGAUGGUCUGUAAACAACAAGGAUAAAUACCUUGCUGCACAAGUUACCUUCAAGGUGCAAAAUAGGUCGGAAACAAUUGUAGAACUACAUCUUGAUACACAGCAGCAGGAAGUAGUCAAAGAAGAGAAGGAAGAUUAAAUAUAGCACGAAUGCGUUCUUGUCUGUUUAUAAUAUGAGUUAAGGUACAAUAAGACAUUUUCAAAUAUAUGGACACAUCCACGCAGUGGAAAAAGUGGUAUUUUCAAAAAGAGAAAAAAAAUGAAAAAAAAAGUAAAUAAAUUGUGCCACAAAGAAUGGUCAAGUUAUUGUGUAAACGACUGGACGAAUUUGUAUGACUGAUAGUUUUUUGAGUUUAAAAAAAAUACACACACACAUACACACAUUUUUUUGUUUUCUUUACAAUAAAAGAAAAAUAAUAAUUAAAUACAAUUCAGGCUACGUAAACGAGUGUCUGUUAUAAUGUGUAUCUGAAAAAAAUACCACAGUGUUCUGCGAAUUUUUAAUUUCUUUGUACAUGAUGGACUCGUUAACUUAAUGUAGCAUAUUGCUCAGUUCUAUUUUAAUGUAUUGUGCUUUGUAUCUAACUAUAAAUAUGACUUUACAUUACA